GUUAACGAAAGUUUUCAAGGGUAUAUUGAUGAAAAAAAUCUCCAACUGACUAUUUGUCACGAACAUACAUACAUACGUACGUAUGUACAUACAUACAUACAUACGUUCAUACAUACAUACACACAUACAUACAUAUAUACAUACACACACACACACACACACACACACACACACACAGACACACAUAUAACCUGUCAGUGUGAAUUUGAAUUUAUGUUAACACCGACACAAUUAACAAAACUACUAUUGAAUAUUAACGGAUUUUAUUCUCACUACUUGCUCACUUUGCCCACCUUUGUC